GUGCCCAUCCGCGCCUGUGGCUCCCUGCUGAUCUCUCCUGAGUCCGGCGGCCCGGGGUGUCGGCUUUCCGCCGCGGGCGGCCGGCGCUGAGCUCCCUAGCUCCCUCCCCCCCACCUCGGCCCCUCCCUCGAUCGCUGUGGUCGGGUGGCUCCUGGCGGGCGGCCUGCGGGCGGGCCGCCCUCUCAGCCGUAGCCCACCCCCUCUUAAAGCCGCGGCGGGAAGAUGAGGUUUCGGGAACCGCUCCUGGGCGGCAGCGCCGCGAUGCCGGGCGCGACCCUACAGCGGGCCUGCCUCCUGCUCGUGGCCGUCUGCGCGCUGCACCUCGGCGUCACCCUGGUCUACUACCUCUCGGGCCGCGACCUGAGCCGCCUGCCCCAGCUGGUGGGAGUUUCCUCGCCACUCCAGGGCGGCACGAGCGGCGGCGCCGCCGCCGCCAGCAAGCAGCCCUCGGGAGAGCUCCGGCCUCGGGGCGCGCGACCGCCGCCUCCUUUAGGAGUCUCCUCGAAGCCUCGGCCGGGUCCCGACACCAGCCCCGGUGCGGCUUUUGACCCCGGCCAGAAGAGCAACUUGACUUCGGUCCCAGUGCCCCCUACCACUGCGCUGUUGUCGCUACCCGCUUGCCCGGAGGAGUCCCCGCUGCUCGUUGGCCCCAUGGCGAUUGAAUUUGAUAUUACUGUGGAUCUGGAGCUUUUGGCAAAGAAGAACCCAGAGGUACAGAUGGGCGGCCGUUACUCCCCCAAGGACUGUAUUUCUCCUCACAAGGUGGCCAUCAUUAUCCCAUUCCGCAACCGGCAGGAGCACCUCAAAUACUGGCUGUAUUAUUUGCACCCAGUCCUACAGCGCCAGCAACUGGACUAUGGCAUCUACGUCAUCAACCAGGCUGGAGACACCAUGUUCAAUCGAGCCAAGCUCCUCAACAUCGGCUUUCAAGAGGCCUUGAAGGACUAUGACUACAACUGCUUUGUGUUCAGUGAUGUGGACCUCAUUCCGAUGGACGACCAUAAUGCCUACAGGUGUUUUCCGCAGCCACGGCACAUUUCUGUUGCCAUGGACAAGUUUGGGUUUAGCCUGCCGUAUGUUCAGUAUUUCGGAGGUGUCUCUGCUCUCAGUAAACAACAGUUUCUUGCCAUCAAUGGAUUUCCUAAUAAUUAUUGGGGCUGGGGAGGAGAAGACGAUGACAUUUUUAACAGAAUAGUUCAUAAAGGCAUGUCUAUAUCACGCCCAAAUGCUGUAGUUGGAAGGUGUCGCAUGAUACGACACUCAAGAGACAAGAAAAAUGAGCCCAAUCCUCAGAGGUUUGACCGGAUUGCGCACACAAAGGAAACUAUGCGCUUUGAUGGUUUGAACUCACUUGCCUACAAGGUGUUGACAGUACAAAGAGACCCAUUAUAUACCAAAAUCACAGUGGACAUCGGGACACCAAGAUAGCAUUUUGGAACAAAUAAGAGACCUUAAAAUGGCCAGGGACCUCCAAUGUGUGUCUCUGCCCGUCGACUGGGCUGGUCCCUCUCAUUUGUACAGUCUGAAUGGUAGUUUUCCUUGCUAUCAUUCAGACACCUUCCCAGAUGCCCAGGGUGAAUGUAACAUUUGCUCCCAGCCUGGCUCGGCACUGGAUGAAAUUCUACAAGGUGUUUAUCAGUGUAAAAACGGUCAGCCUUUGGAGGCUUCUUGGACAUGUCCAUCGUGUGGUCUCCAAAGAGGCAGAACUGUACACAGAUCAAUACGUAGUGACUGUGAGUCACAUUCCCACUGCUGAGACUGCUAGAUUAUGAAAUGGGUAAGAACUUUGCUUUAAUCAGUGAUGUCUAUACUUCAUGACAAAUUGGAGACUGCUGCUGGAUUCAGAUUGAUGUGAUAAUCUUGAAUUUUUAAUACAAAAAAAAUCAAAAUUUCAAUCAGUCUCAUGUUCUGUCCCUGUCCUAUGUCCUCUCAUUGUAUGCAACUGUUACAAUCACGGUGUGUGUGUGCUUUCUUAGCAAAAGAAUUUUAAAACUUGAGCCUGGAGCUUGGUACUCUGUUAGUGUGUGGAUUCCAAGGCUUGCACUCAGAGCAGGAGCUUGGGUACUCUCACUCACAUGACCUGUCUCCAGAUCCCUGUCUGAUUUCUGAAUGUAAAGUUUUGUUUUUUUUUUGGGGGGGGUUGUUUAUUUGUUUGUUUUUUAAGAAGCAGUUUGUAGUGUUUUAAAGAAUAAAUCGAGUGCUUCUAAUUAUGCUAUAGCUUGAUUUUAUGUUGAUCCAAAUUGGAAUAGCUAUUGAGUGUUAAGUCAUGACAAUUUAUUUUUCUAGGCAUGCUAUGUAAACUUGAAUUUCCUAUGUAUUUUUCUUGUGGUAUUUUAAAUGUGGGGAAGGGAUUGAUUAUUUUUUAGGGAGAAAAAUAAUGUAUGCUGUAGUGGUCACAAAUGAGCCUCUGAUUUGGCUGGCAGGCCAGGUUUUACAAAGAGCAAAAUUACCCUCAGGCCCCUUGAUGAGGGCAAAGCAUACAGGUCAGCAUUAUCCUGCCAGACCUCUGGGUCAGGAACUUGGGAGACAGCAUCUGCCUACCUGGCAGAACUCUCCCUCCUCUCCCCCAGGGGGGCCGGGUGGAGGGCCCUCAGCCUCCUAGAGCUGACCCCUCAGGGCCCUGGCUGUGGGGUUGAAAAAUCUCAGCAGUCCUUGUUUACCAUCCCUCAGAGCCUAGUACCACACUCCCUGACCCCCCAAAGUCGCAGUUCUCUCUCUCCUCCUGCUCUUCCUUCUCCCUUUCCACUCUUUUGCUUUCUCCCCUAAAAUUUCCUGGGGCACUCAGGGUCAGACUUCAUUCUCCAGCAUGAUUGUGCCUUUUAAUUAGAGGUCUAGAAAGUUCCCCGGAACCCACACCCUGCUCUUCCUGAGAAUCCUGGUGCCUAUAAAGCCCCUCAUCGCCACUCAGGGUUUUAGCAGGUGCUCCCGUUCCUCCAUCUAACCCACGGGGUCAUUCACAAACUCACCUGUGCUGGUGGGCAGUGCCUGGGGUGACUCACCUGUGCUGGUGGGCAGUGCCUGGGGUGACUCACCUGUGCUGAUGUACAGUGCUGGGGUGACUCACCUGUGCUGAUGUACAGUGCUGGGGGGUGACUCACCUGUGCUGAUGUACAGUGCCUGGGGUGACUCACCUGUGCUGAUGUACAGUGCUGGGGGGUGACUCACCUGUGCUGAUGUACAGUGCUGGGGUGACUCACCUGUGCUGAUGUACAGUGCUGGGGGGUGACUCACCUGUGCUGAUGUACAGUGCCUGGGGUGGCUCACCUGUGCUGGUGGGCAGUGCCUGGGGUGACUCACCUGUGCUGAUGGGCAGCUGGGGGGUCAGAUAACCCGAGGCAUUUAGACCAUCAGGCUUCGAGGGCUUGUGAAGUGCAGCCUGGGUAGAGGUCCUAAGAUUACAGUCUGGUCUCCAGCUGAGUGUAGAUGCUGAGCGGAGGGAUGGCCCUGAUCUUACCUGUGCCUUUAUUGCUUUGAGCAUCACAGUGUCUAACUUGCUGCUUUUUCCAGAAGCUUCUUUUAAUGUGUGGGUUAGAAACUAUUAUCCCAGCCAAAGCAGGCAGGCUGUGUAAGAUCUGUGCUCUCUCAAUUCCCCGUGCCUCUAGAAGGCCAUUAAAACGGAGACUGGCUUUGGGGAAACGGAGAGGACUUUUUUCCUGUCCCCAGAUCCUGACUUUUCCAAAGUGCCUUAAAGGAGGGGAGACAUGCUGAGUGGGGUCUUCUGUGUCACCUCCUUUACUCCUAAAGCGAAACUGCCUCUUCCUGUGCUGGUCCUCCUGGGUUGCUUCAUUCUCAGAACCGUUCCUCCACC